AUGGAGAACUAUCAGAAGCUGGAGAAGAUUGGCGAAGGAACAUACGGUGUCGUCUACAAAGCUCGGGACCUCACCCAUCCCACUCGAAUCGUCGCCCUCAAGAAGAUCCGUCUUGAAGCCGAAGAUGAAGGUGUUCCAAGUACGGCGAUCCGCGAAAUCUCGCUGCUGAAAGAGAUGAACGACCCGAAUAUCGUGCGGCUACUCAAUAUUGUCCAUGCCGACGGCCAUAAGCUCUAUCUCGUCAUGGAGUUUCUUGAUCUCGACUUGAAGAAGUAUAUGGAGGCGCUGCCGAUCAGUGAUGGAGGGCGGGGCAAGGCUUUACCCGAGGGAUCUGGUCCGGAUCUGGGAAGACUUGGUUUGGGCGAUGCUAUGGUCAAGAAGUUCAUGAGCCAGCUGUGCGAAGGUGUUAGAUACUGCCAUAGCCACAGAGUACUUCACCGUGAUCUGAAGCCGCAGAACUUGCUCAUUGACAGAGACGGCAAUCUCAAGUUAGCCGAUUUCGGUCUCGCACGAGCUUUCGGUGUCCCCCUCCGAACCUAUACCCACGAGGUGGUUACACUAUGGUACCGAUCACCGGAAAUUCUGCUUGGUGGUCGCCAAUAUUCCACUGGGGUUGAUAUGUGGUCGGUUGGAUGUAUCUUUGCUGAGAUGUGUACGCGGAAACCUCUGUUCCCAGGCGACUCCGAGAUUGACGAGAUCUUCAAGAUCUUCCGCCAUCUAGGCACACCAACUGAAGCCGAAUGGCCAGGCGUCUCUGACAAGAAUUGUUUCCCCGACUUCAAGCCUUCAUUCCCCAAAUGGCAGCGCGAUAUGUCACAGACACUGUGCACAAACCUCGACGAGCUGGGACUGGAACUCCUCGAGAUGAUGUUGGUAUACGAUCCCGCUGGUCGCAUCUCUGCCAAGGCAGCUUGCCAGCAUCCAUAUUUCGAGGAAGGCAGUUCCGCGUACUCCGGCCGGAGCCUCGGUCCUACCUAUCGGAAUGGCCACCACUGA